UUUAAUUGUGGCCUUGUAGCCUGCUGACUGAGGUUUACAUUCCAGCAGUUCAUUUUUACUGAAUUCCCAGUAGUUUUGGAUUGUGAACAUCACUUUUUCCAGGCUUUGUGUUAACAGCAUUUUGUACAUAACAAAAACAUUCUCCUAUUCUAAAUGAAGAAAGGAACUUCUAACCAGGAGUUACACAGCAAAUUAAUUGCAAGCACAUACGGUUCAAAGAUCUGAGUGUGAAACUGAGGCACUCAAGGUAGGAAAUGGACUGCAAAGUGAAAGAGAUGCAAAAUUCUUGUGCUGCAAAUGGUAGAACAGAGCAGUGCUGUGGAGAGCACAAACGGAGACUGGAGCUGUUUUGUAAGGAGGAUGAAACCUUUAUCUGUGUCCUGUGUGUUCCCAAACACUCCAGUCAUAAUUUUGUGUUUCUGCUCGAGGCAGUCAAUAUGUAUGAGGACAAGUUGAAAACAGCUUUAAUACUUCUAGAAUCAAAAGUGAAAGAACUGAAGUAUUUACGAAACGAGCAAGAGAAAGAAGCCAUAGGUAUACAGGAAGAUGCUGUUAGUUUGGAACAAUACAUUAAACAAACCUUUGAAAAACUGCACCAGUUUCUCCAAGAUAAGGAACAAAAACUUAUUCAACAGCUUAAGAAUGAAGAAGGACUUAUUACUGAAGUUCUGAAUGAGAUGGAAGAUAAAGACAGAAACACUGAAAAUGAUAUCAUGACCACUGGGAAGAUCUUAAACAUUGACUUGGAGCUUGUACAUCAGGAAUGCACUUUGGAACAAUACAUUAAACAAGAAUUUACCAAACUGCACCAGUUUCUGCACGAAAAUGAACAAAAACUCACCCAACAGCUUAAGAAAGAAGACACAAACAAUCUGAAUGAUACAGAAGGACAUCUCAAUUGCAUUAAACAUGAUAUUAUUGCUUCCCGAAUGUCAGUAUCCGAUGCUGCCUUGGAGCGCAAGCAUAAGGAAGUGAUGAUUGUGAAAGUGAUGGAAGUGAAGUCUGAAGCCACUGAAAGUGAUACUAUGGCCACUCCGGAAACAUUUAACAGUCACGUGAAACUCAAAUCUGAACCUAAGCAUUUGCUAACAGAACCUGAAACAUUUGAGGACAUUGUUGUCACAUUCACAGAAGAGGAGUGGAAGAUGUUAAAAAAACAUGAUAAGGAGCUUUUCAGGGAAGUGAUGGUAAAUAACUAUGAAACCAUGGUUUCAGUAGGGUACGAAAUCCCCCCAGAGAAAUUAUUACUACUAUUAAAAGCAUACGAAGAGCUGCCAGAAGGGGAUGUUGAUGGAAAAAUUACUGCAAAACAGAAGGAUAGUCUUGAAUGUAAUCUCCAUGGUACCAGAAACACAGAAUGCAGUGAGAGUUGUAUACAGCAGACAUCACUUGGGACAUCUCUGUUAACUUACCCAGAAGACAACCUGCAGCAGUGUGCUCAGCAUGUGAAAGUUCGUAAGAAGUCUCAUCUCACUGCUGUAUCAGGACAUAACUGCAGCAAGAGCCCUGAAUGUGACCUAAGACAGGGAGCUCAAACAGUGAAGAAACCAUAUACAUGUGCUGAAUGUAGUAAAUGUUUCCCGUAUCUCAGUAGCCUUCAAAGGCAUUUUGCUGUUCACACAGGAGAAAAACCAUAUAAAUGUACUGAAUGUGAUAAGUGUUUUGCAGAGCGCACUAGCCUUCGAUACCAUCGUGCCAUUCACACGGGCAAAAAAACAUAUCAGUGUGCUGAGUGCAAUAAAUGUUUUAUAAAUAUGUCAGACUUAAAACGCCAUCAGAGCUCUCACACAGGAGCCAAACCAUAUAAAUGUGCUGAAUGUAGUAAGUGUUUCACACACCUCAGUAAGUUUCAGAAGCAUCAGAUCCACCAUACGGGAGACAACCCAUAUAAGUGUGCUGAAUGCAGUAAAUGCUUCACUCGCCUCUCUUACCUUCAACAGCACCAGACCAUUCACAUGGGAUACAGCCCAUAUAAAUGUGAUGAAUGCAGUAAAUGUUUCACGCGCCUCUGUAACCUUCAACAGCACCAAACCAUUCACACGGGAGAGAAACCUUAUAAAUGUGCUGAAUGUGGUAAGUGUUUUCGACUAAAAGGAUGCCUAAAACUACAUCAAAAGUCUCACACAGGAAUUAAACCAUAUAAAUGUACUGAAUGUGGUAAGUGUUUUGCACAUCAAAGUAAUCUUCGAAAGCAUAGUACCAUUCACACAAGUGAGAAACCGUAUAAAUGUGUUGAAUGUGAAAAGUGUUUUCGAGUAAAGGGAAACCUAAAACUGCAUCAGCAAUCUCACAUGGGAAUGAAACCAUAUAAAUGUACUGAAUGCAAUAAAUGUUUUGCACAGCUCAGGAGUCUUCGAAGCCAUCAUGCCAUCCAUUUAGGAGAGGAUAGCAUCCGUUCUCUGCAUCAGAGUUUUGGGCCUAAUGGUAGAAACAAUCAUUAUGAUUCUGCUUGCAACAAGUAUGCUACAUUUAACCCUGAAGUUUGUGUGGUCUCAAGGUUCAGGACCCAUGACAGCGAAGAUCUGAUGGUCUCAGCUGAAAGGCCUGAGAGACUGAAACCGAAUCACACACGACAGGAAACAGACUGCAAGGAGAAAGAAGAAAUGCAGAAUCCUUAUGCUGCAGUUGAGGCAACAAGGCAGUUCUGUGGGGAGCACAAACAGAGACUGGAGUUGUUCUGCCAGGAAGAUGAGACCUUUAUCUGUGUCCUUUGUGUUCCCACACAUUCUAGCCACAGUUUUGUGUUCCUGCAUGAGGUAGUCAGUGUGUAUAAGGAGAAGAUGAAAAUGGCUUUAGCAUCUCUAGAAUUGAAAGUUAAAGAAUGUAAAGCAUGGCAAAGCAAGCAAGAGAAAGAAAUGACGGGCAUACAGGAAGAUGCUUUCAGUUUAGAACAAUAUAUAAAACAAGAGUUUGCCAAACUGCACCAGUUUCUGCAAGACAAAGAACAAAAACUCAUCCAGCAGCUUAGGAGUGAUGAAGCAAACAAUCUGAGUGAAACAGGUCAUCUUCUUGAUUGCAUUAAAGAUGAUAUAAUUGCAUCACAUGUGUCUGAUGUUACCUUGAAGCUCAAGCAUAAAGAAGUGGUGACUGUGAAAGAGAUGGAAGAAAAGUUCGAAUGCUUUGAAAAUGAUGUUAUGUCCACUCAGGGGACAUUUGACAGUAGUUUGAAGCUCAGUCAAAAGGAACCUGGGAGAUUGCAACCAGUAGCAGAAGCUUUUGAGAAUGUUACUGGGACAUUCCCAGAAAAGGAGCAUAACAUGUUAAAAAAACAAAAUAAAGAUCUGUAUAGAGAAGUGUUGGUCAGUAACUACGAAAUCCCAGUUUCAGAAGGUACCAGAAGCACAGAAUGCAAUGUGAGUUGUAGUCACCAGCCAUCAACUGGAACAUCCCAGUUACUUUACCCAACUGAGAACUUGCAGCAGUGUGGUAAGCCAAUGAAGGGCUGUAAGAAGUCUCAACUCAAUCAUGUGAUACAGCGUCUCUUAGAACGUAACAGCAAUAAGAGCUCUGAAUGUGACACAAGUCAGGAAGUUUAUAUGGAGAAGAACCUAUAUAAAUGUACUGAAUGUGGUAAAGGCUUCACACUCCUUGGUAGCCUUUUGGAGCAUAAUGCCACUCACACAGAUGAGAAACCUACACCAGUUGAAGAAAUUAAAGCAAGAGAGAAACCAUAUAAAUGUACUGAAUGCAGUAAGUGUUUCGCACACCUCAGUUUUCUUCAAAGGCACCAAGUCACUCACACAGGAGAGAAGCCAUACAAAUGUCCUGAUUGCAGUAAGAGCUUUACAGCUCUCUGGAGCCUUCGAUACCACCAAGCCAUUCACACGGGACAGAAACCAUAUGAAUGUGAGGAAUGCAAUAAAUGUUUUAUAAAUAAAUCACAUUUAAAAUACCAUCAGAGCACACAUAAGGGAGAUAAACCAUACAAAUGUACCGAAUGCAGUAAGUGUUUCACACAGCUCCGGAUUCUUCAACGACAUCUUGCUGUUCAUACAAGAGACAAACCACAUAAAUGUACAGAAUGUGGUAUUUUAUUAACUGCUUCUGCUGCUAUAUUAACUGCUUCUGCCACUACCUUAUUGGAUCCUAAAGUACAUCGCAGUGUCAGCAUGUCUAUCAUUCUUUCUCCUCUGUCCAGACAGCAAUGGCAGGACAAGUUGAAAACAACUUUAAUAUCUCUAGAACUGAAAGUGAAAGAACUUAAUUUGCAACUCAAGCAAGAGAAAGAAGUCACUGAUAUUCAGGAAGGUGCUUUGAAUUUGGUACAAUACAUAAAGCAAACAUUUGCAAAACUGCACCAGUUUCUCCAUGAUAAGGAACAAAAUCUCAUUCAGCAACUUAUGAAUGAAGAAGAGCAUAUUUUUGAAAUUGUAGAAAAAAAACAUAAGUGCACUGAAAAUGAUGUCACGACCACAGAGAAGAUCUUAAACAAUAACUUAGAGCUUGUACAUCAGGACCGUACUGGUUCGCUAACAGAAGAUGCUUCUAGUUUGGAACAAUUCAUUAAACAAGAAUUUGCCAAACUGCACCAGUUUCUGCAAGAAAAGGAAGAAACGAUCAUCAAUCGGCUUAAGAAAGAACAAGAAAACAUUCUGAAUGAAACUGAAGGAAACCCUGAAAGCGUUAAACCUGACGGUAUUGUCUCCCACGUGUCUGAUACUAACGUGGAGUUCAUGAAUAAAGAAGCAGAUACUCCAGUAAAAUCUGAAUCCAUUGAAAACAAUCUUAUGGCCAAGCAAGAGACACUUGACAAUAAUUUGGAGCUCAGACAACAUGAACCUAAGGGUUUGCUAACAUUUCUCAGGCUGCUGAGUCCCAGCCCCCUGCCUCCUGCUCCUAAGAAACCCAAUAAGUUUUAUAAGGUGGAUGAGGAUUGCAAAUUCCUUUACAAGUGCCCCUCUGCUGACCCUUCUGUUGUUAUUUCUGCUGCUUCUGAUAAACCAUCUAAGCUUUUGCAUUCUCCAAAGCUGCUCCCCCUGACAAGGACAGCAGAACCAUGGAGAGGUUGGGUACCUGAAACCUUUGAGGAUGUCGUUGUCACUUUCUCAGAAGAGGAAUGGAAGAUGUUAAAAAAACAUGAGAAGGAGCUUUACAGGGAAGCGAUGGUAAAUAACUAUGAAACCAUGGUUUCAGUAGGAUACAGAAUCUCCCCAACAAAGUUAUUUCUGCUAUUAAAAGCAGGUGAAAAGUUGCCAGAAAGUGAUGUUGAGGGAAAAAAUACUGUAGAACAUAAGGAGAUGUUUGAAUAUAAUAUCCAUGUGCGAGACAAAUCAGACAGCUCGCAAAAGAAGAAACUAUAUAAAUGUACUGAAUGCAGUAAGAGCUUCACACAGCUCAGGAGUCUUCGACAACAUCAUGCCAUUCACAAAUUAGGGAAGCCUUAUAAAUGUAAUGACUGCAAUAAGAGCUUUAUACAUCUCAAAAGUCUUCAAAGCCAUCAAGCCAUUCACUCGGGAGAGAAGCCAUAUAAAUGUGCUGAAUGCAGUAAGACUUUCCUACAUUUCAAAAGUCUUCAAUACCAUCAUGCUGUUCAUGCAGGCACAAAGCCAUAUAAAUGUUCUGAGUGCAGUAAAUGUUUUAUAAACCAGUCACAAUUAAAAUACCAUCAGAGCUCUCACACGAGACAGAAACAUUUCGAAAAAUUUAAAGAAAGAAAGAAACCAUACAAAUGCACUGUGUGCAGUAAAUCUUUUAUAAGGCCCAGCACUCUUCGACUCCACAAUGCCAUUCACACAGGAGAGAAGCCAUACAAAUGUACUGAGUGUGGUAAGUGUUUCACACAACUUGGCGGCCUUCAUCAGCAUUACUCCAUUCACACUGGAAAUAAACCAUAUAAAUGUACUGAAUGUAAUAAGUGCUUUAUAAGUAAUUCACAUCUGAAAUACCAUAAGCGCUCUCACACUGGAGAGAAACCAUAUAAAUGUACUGAAUGUAAUAAGUGUUUCGCGCAGCUUGGUAGUCUUCGACACCAUCGUGCCAUUCAUACUGGUGAAAAGCCGUAUAAAUGUACUGACUGUAGCAGGUGUUUUAUACAGAAGUCACACCUAAAAUACCAUCAACGCUCACACUCCGGACAAAAACCAUAUAAAUGUACUGAAUGUAGUAAGUGUUUCACACAGCUCAGUAUUCUUCGUCACCAUAAUGCCAUUCACAUGGGAGAGAAAACAUACAAAUGUACUGAAUGCAACAAAUGUUUCAUACACAAGUCGGACUUAAAACGCCAUCAGAGCUGUCAUACAAAUGAAAAACCAUAUAAGUGUACUGAAUGUAACAAGUGUUUCACACAUCUCAGUAGCCUUCAACAGCAUCAGACCCAGCAUACAGGACAGAGCCCAUUUAAAUGUGUUGAAUGCAGUAAAUGUUUCACUCGCCUCUCUAACCUUCAGCAACACCAAACCAUUCAUACGGGUGAGAAACCAUAUAAAUGUACUGAAUGUGGUAAGUGUUUUCGACUAAAGGGAUGCCUAAAACAGCAUCAGAACUCUCACACAGGAAUUAAACCAUAUAAAUGCACUGAAUGUAGUAAGUGUUUUGCACAGCUCAGGAGUCUUCGACACCAUCAUGCCAUCCACACAAGAAUCCGAAUGGAGAGAUGAAAAGUCAGCAAGCAAAGGAGAGUAGC